UGUUGAUUUGAGCAUUUCUUUGACUCAAUUCUUGAUCCUUGUGAUGCCAUGGGUGCUGAGAGUGACUUCUACACUGUGCUUGAACUGGGCAAGGACGCAUCCUUCGAGGAAGUCCGGCGGGCGUACUUGAAGAUGGCCCUGAUGCCUGGCAGACGUGGGGCGAGGGGAGGAAAGGCAGAGUGAUAAUCGAGACGAGACUGGAGGAACGAAUCAUGCACCAAAACGAGAAAGCUGCGAGCGAAAAUUGCUCUUUGGAAGUGACUCCCAGUUUUGUGAAGGAGGAUGGAGGCCUUGCUGAGGGAAAAAACCAUUCGGUCUUAAAAAGGUACAGGUUUAUGGGCCCUAUCUCACCGGACUCGGGGUGCGGCAUUGCCUCGAUGGGGCUGAGCCAACGGGGAGCUAACACUUCACCUUCCCCCACAAUAGGGCCCAACCAGCACUGUUUCUACUGAGUUGGUCAGUUUGGAAGAGACAUGAAGAGACCCAAAAGAUGUCAAGAUGGCCAGAAAUUGUUUGCCAGUUUGCCCCUUCUUGGAUUUGGGCCCAGAGGCUGCUCCAGGUGGCCAUUGCUUUGAGUCAUGAGCCAGCAAACAGAUUUACUGAAAAUGACUCCAACCUACGACCGAACGAAGUGAUUCGCCCCGAUGACGUCGCACUGGCUCCAGAACAGGAAAUGGCACCCCGACAAGAAUCCUAUGCAUCCGGACGUGGCGGAGCAGAUGUUCAAGCGAGUGGCCCAAGCCUACAAGGUGCUGGGUGACCCCGUGCUGCGGCGCCGCUACGACGGCGGCGGUGAGCGUGGUCUCGGAGAGGAGUGGUGGCCGAAAGAUCCAGAAGCCAGCAAAGAUAUGGCCUAUCAGUUCUUUAUCCACCGAGUGCCCGGGCAUUCUCUCAGAGACGGCUUCAGCGAGGCCAAGCUCCGAGAGAUCUUCCCAAACCUCUUCGGCCGCGGCAGUGGUGAAACGCUGCAAGAGGUGCCUCACCGCAGCCGGAUGUCCCUCUCCUCACUGUGAGGGCCGUGCUGCGCCACGAUCAAUGGUGGGUUUUGGGUGAAA